GGGGGCAACCAUGACGGAAAAAUCGAAGAAGAGAAAGGAAGACCGCAAAAAAUUGCCUUUAAUAAAAGUCACAAGUUGUCAUGCGUACUUGGCAUGACAGAAAGGAAGUGUCCUGAUAAUAGUGCUACAGUCUGUGUCCAAACGCUCCACGGCGCUGCUGGCGCAUGAAACUGUAAACAGGAAAGUUAACUUUAGUGGCGCGACUUUGUUAAAAAUGGAUUUAUCCGAGUUGUUACUGGAUCCACAUCAGAGUUUCUCGUAGCUCUGUAGUUCAAAUGAGUCAGCGCAACAUUAUCAGCGGGAAUAAAUGUGAAAUGUGUUGUUAGGACAAGCGAACAAACGCCAUGGCAGACAGAAGGACUUUCAACGUUGUGAUUUUGGGUUUGGGAUUUCUCUUCAUUUUCACCGCCUUCACCACCUGUGGGAACAUUGAGCAAACUGUGGUGAAAAGUCUGGAGAAUGCCACAUUCAGUGGAAGUGGGUACCACAGUCUUGGAAUCAUUUAUGGGGUCUUUUCCUUCUCCAAUUUACUUGCACCGACGGCCGUUGCAGUAAUUGGACCAAAAAUUGCUAUGUUUCUGAGUGGCCUACUUUACAGCGGGUACAUCGCUGUGUUCAUCAUCCCUUCGACAUGGGCCUUUUACUUGACCUCUGUACUGAUCGGCAUUGGAGCAGCCAUGCUCUGGACAGCUCAAGGUCACUUCCUGGUGGAAAACUCAGAGGCUUCCACCAUCAACAGGAACACAGGGAUGUUCUGGGCUCUCUUACAGUGCAGCAUGUUGUUCGGCAAUCUUUACAUUUACUUUGACUGGAAUGGCAAAACAGAGAUUUCAGACAGCAGCAGGAAAAACAUUUUUCUGUCCCUGUUGGUCGCCUCCAUACUCGGCACACUCAGCUUCCUGGUGUUGAGAAAGAGCCAUCAUCAUGAAGAGGAGAUGCUCUCUGAAGAGGAAGGGCAGUCGCUGCUCUCAACUCGCAUGAUGUAUAAGCACAGAGCAAACGCUGCCUUGCAGGAUGCCAAGUCAGAAUUCAAAACCAUCCUGCAACUUCUGAAGGCUAAAACUAUACUGCUCCUGAGUCCCUGCAUGGCAUACAGCGGCCUGGAGCUAUCUUUCUACAGCGGAGUUUACGGGACGUGUAUUGGAGCAACUGCACAGUUUGGAGAAGCCGCUAAAGGCUUGAUUGGGAUCUCUGGGAUUGUGGUAGGCAUUGGAGAAAUUGUGGGUGGAGGCUUGUUUGGAUUGUUGUGCAAGAACAAUCGCUUCAGACGGACCUCUGUGGUGUUUCUGGGAAUGGUUGUCCAUUUCGUUGCCUUCUAUCUGAUCUUCCUCAACAUCCCAGAUGAUGCCCCUGUUGUCUUUAACACCACCACCCAAAAGAAGCCAUAUCUGGCUCCAAGCGUAUCCAUCGCCCUGCUGUGCAGCUUCUUGCUUGGACUUGGGGACAGUUGCUUCAACACACAGCUCUACAGCAUAUUAGGCCGUGUUUAUGCUGAACAAAGCACGCCUGCGUUUGCCAUCUUUAAAUUCAUCCAGUCCAUUUUUGCAGCGGUGGCGUUCUUCUACAGCGGUUACGUCCUGUUGAUGUGGCAGCUCCUGCUGAUGGUCAUCCUGGGCUUUGCUGGAACGCUCUGCUUCUUCGUGGUGGAGAGGCUGCAGAACUUCUCUGUAGAUUUGCCAGAAUAUUAGAAAGAAGACAUUUCUGCAUCAGCAUUGAUCGUUUCGUCAGACAGAGUGGGAGGAAGUGAGGGCAUCAGAGGAAGAAUCCUCUGUUAUUUCAUGCGGGGUUAUUUUAAAAUCUUGUUUUAGUAUAUUGCACUGCAGCUCAUAGACAUUUGGAUAACGUUCAUGUUCAGAAUUGUUGCCUUAAGAAAAUGUUUGGAUAGUUAUCAACCAGCCUGGACUGUUCCUUGCACACUUUCUGUUCUGAUUACCAGACACUCUCAGUUUCACCAUUAAUCAUUAACAUUACGUUCUUACUGCACCGUUGCACUGUUGGUCUUACUGUAGGAUUUCAAAAAUAACCACUCACCUUCCCGCAUUUAUCUGCAUUGCUUCCAGCUCAGGUUUGUUAAUAAAGACAAAUGUUAUCAUAUUGUUGAAAAUAUUUGAUCUAAAACUGCUACUUUUUAACUUUUAUAGUUGUUCAUAGUUUUGUCAGUGAUCGGCAGCUUGAUAAGAUUAGAUGAGAGAAAAUAAUGCAAUAUUGUUCCUGUCAUGAAAAAUGUUUACUAAUUAAUGCCUGACAAUCAUUGUUCUCUACUUUUUUUUUUUUUGUAAAUUUUGCAUGUUGUCAGUGUCUUUCUGUAAUUUUGUG